GAAAAUCCUCAAAUUUCCCACAACACGAUUUUGCAAUGUAGCACAACAAGAAACGAUAAAAGUCGGUGACCACCGCUGUUCUCUCAGUUUGAGCUAUGUAGCGUCAUAGCAGCCUCGUUGAGAUAGAAUGUUGAUGACGGCAUGAGGCGCAGUGAACGAAGUAGUGACACAGUGCCCUGGUUCCACUGAAGACACGAUUGAGGGUUUUGAAAGGGCUUUGUGCGUGGUGGUCACGAGUGCUUGUCUUCAGUCGAAACCUUCAUCUUGAAAGGUUUACUGGGCCAUUUCAAGCUUGGUACCUGGAGCGGUAGUGAUGGCGGAAGUGGCUCGGGAGCUUUACGCGGUGUUCGGAACGGAUUCGGAUUCAGACGAGGAAGAGGCGGAGGGUGUGGGGGUAAAUGCUGACAAUCUUGCUGAUUCUGAUUUCGACUUGGAAAGGGAGGACUUCGGAUGGCCAUUAUUGGAUUCAGGAAAGUAUCGUGAGUGCCAUCGCUGGCGGGCAGUUGCUGGAGUGAAUGGUCUGUGGAAAUGCGAAGAGUUUCUCGAUUCGGUGGACCAGGAGAGGCUAGUGACGGCAAUCAAACGUGAGGGAUGGUUCAGUCAGCCUGCUCAUAAUCAGGCGAUGCGGUUUGGAGUGCUCCCGGGCUGGGCCGUCACUUUGUCUUCUUUAAUUUUCUCCUCCAUUUCGAGGUUUGCGGAAAGGAUUGACGGUGCCGACAAAGAAUUAGGGUUCAGAGGUCCUUUGCCAGAGGAGAUUCUUCACAGGAAGCCUUUAUUUGAUCAAAUGAUCGCGAAUUUCUAUCAACCAGGUGAAGGAAUUGGGCCACAUGUAGACCUAGCUCGGUUUGAGGAUGGCAUUGUGGUGUUGUCACUUCUGUCGUCCUGUGUGAUGCGGUUCUGCAAGUAUGAGAGGUUUACGGAGAAGGUGGACGUGCUUCUGUCGCCUGGGGAUUUGAUAGUGCUCUCGGACGAUGCGCGUUACAAGUGGACACACGAGAUAAAUCGAAAGCAGGCUGAGGAGCAAGCAUGGGAAGGAAAGUUGCUGGAACAGAAGAGCCGCAUUUCUGUGACUCUUCGACGCCUGUGCCCAGAGAAGAAUGUCCAUACAACCACUUGUGUUUCUACAAAUUAACCUGUUGAUGUUCUAAAGAGAAUCAAUCUUCCUUUAAUCAACAAGAGUCUGUUGAUCGAAUAGGCCACGAUUGCAAAUGAUCGUGCCACGGAGAAAAAGAAGUGAAAACCGACUAGUGUUGACAUGACUAUAAUGAUUUUAGGUUACUCUAUGACAAUAUGCAGUCUACAUUAGCGACGAUAUGAAGAGCUCUUUUCACGAGUAAGAUUAAUUGAACCACUUCCAGGCAGUAUGCGUUGCACUCA